AUUAGCGAGCCCCGCCUAUUUUUAAGAGCAACAAAAUGGAGGCUGACGAGGUCUCUAGCUACGAGGAAGAAGAAGGCUCUACCAGUGGAGAGGAAGCAGAAGAUGGCGAGGAGGAAGAAGAAGAUGAUGAUGAAGACGAAGAGCCGUUAUUGAAGUACAGCAGAUUUGCUAAAGACGUCGUCAACUCUUUAAGCCAAAUGCCAUCAAACACUACUGAAGGAGAGCCCAAGAACGUCAUAGUUUGUAUGGCCGUGCAUCCUAAAUUUAUAGCUCUUGGGACUUACGAUGGGACUGUCAAGUUAUUGGACCAUACUGGGACUGUGUUAGCUGAUCGUGAAUAUCGUUUACAUAUAGCUCAAAUUAAUCAUAUCUCAGUAGAUCAAGAAGGAGACUUCAUGGCUUGCUGCUCUAAUGAUGGAAAAGUGUCAAUAGUUGGUCUGUUUACAGCUAAGUAUAAUAAUAGUGUACAGUUUGAAAGAGCAGUGAAAUCUGUUGCUAUUCAUCCUCAUUUUGGCAAGUCAACAAAUCGAAUGUUUGCCAUAGGAAUCGACAAAGUGUUACUGGUAGAGGAGAGACGUUGGCCAUUGAUUGGUUAUAAGAAUACAGAGAUACACUCCGGCUAUGGCAUUGUUGAAGUAAUUAAAUGGAGAGACAACUACAUGGCUUGGGCUAAUGAAAAAACAGUUUUUGCUUACAACGUGGCAACCAAGUCUUUAAUAACUUGCAUCAGAUUUGAUGAAGAAAGUCCCAUAUCUCUCCCAUGCAGUCUCUGUUGGGUUAAGAAUGGUUUGCUUCUUGUUGGACGUGGACACAUCGUUAAAGUUGCUGAAGUGAGAGAAGUGACAGAGAAUGUAGUUUUAAUGGACGGAUACGCUAGUGGUGUGGAGGCACAGCCAGCCAAGAAGAAAGAGCUAAUGAAAAUAAGUGCUCAGAAUAUGUUUCCUAAUUUCCUUGUCUGUGGUGUUGUCCCCAUCAUGAAUAGAGACAAGAGCUGGAACAUGGUUGUCUUGGGAUAUGACGCCCACAUUAAUCAAGAAGAAGCCAUACAUAAAGGGACUGUACCACCCCCUCACUUGAUUGUAAGACCACCUGCAAUGUAUCUACCGGACAGUGAAGAGUUUGAAACAGUUGAAGAAAUAGCAUGUGACACAUUAAUGCCACGUGGAUACACUUACUGUCGCUGUACAGAGUAUCAUCUUGAGUGUGUAAUGACUGGCGAUGAGGAUCGGUUCUAUGUACUGACUCCAAUUGAUAUAAUAUUAGCACAGAAACUUGAUGCAAACGAUCACGUUGAAUGGUUGAUCAAGAGAAAUAGAUUUGAGGAAGCAAUGAAAUAUGCCGAAAACCCUAGCAAUGCCAGAUUGUUGAAUACAGGAAAAUUGCAAGAAGUUGGAAUAGCUUAUAUUUAUCAUUUGUUGGAACAUAAAAAGUUUGAAGAUGCAGCAAGAAAGUGCAGUGGUGUUUUGGGAUUAAAUGUGCAGAGAUGGGAAGAUAUCAUUUGGCAGUUUAUAGCAAAAGGAGUCCUUCAUAAAAUCUUGCCUUACAUUCCAAAAUCAAAGCCCAAAUUAAGUCCAACUAUCUACGAAAUGGUUUUAAAUCAAUUCCUGAUCCAUGACCCUGAGGAAUUAUAUAAAAUAAUACAAGACUGGCCACCAAAUUUGUAUGACUCUAAUGUCAUUAUGAAUGCAGUCUCUGAUCGACUUGCUAAACAACCCAAUGAUAUUAACAUAUUGAAAGUGAAAGCUAAACUUUUUGAAGAUAGAGGAGAUUCUGAAAGUGCUCUGGAUAUAUACCUAAGAUUGGGAGAUGUAGAAGUUUUUGAUUUGAUUGCAAAUAAAAACCUUCACAACUCUCUCCUCGAUAAUUUGGAGUAUCUUUUGCAACUGGGAGAGGAGCCUCUCACAAAGACUGUCGAAUUAUUAGUAGAGUUUCGACAUGAUGAUGUCAUACCGCCUCAGAAAGUUGUUAGCAAGUUGGAAGGAUUCAGGACAGAGAAACGAUGGGAAUAUUUUUUGCACAGAUAUCUUGAUUUAUUAUUUGAUCGUGAUCCUAAAGCUGGGAGUGAAUAUCACGAAAGACAGGUCCAGCUCUACGCCGACUACAAUAGAAAGAAAUUAUUACCAUUUUUGAGAGCGUGCAAUGACAUACCAUUAAAAAAAGCAUUAGAUGUAUGCACUAACAGGUCAUUGUAUGAAGCAAUGGUUUUUCUAUUAGACAGGAUGGGUAACCCUAAAGAAGCUUUGAGACUGAUCGUCAGUAAAUUACACGACGUGGAUCAAGCAAUAUUAUUUGUAAGAGAGAAAGAUGACGAAGAAUUGUGGGACACUCUCAUCCAGCUGUCAAGAGACCUGCCUGAUUUUAUAACUGGUUUACUUCAAAACGCUGGUACACAUAUUGAUCCAACUAAAUUAAUUAAAGAAAUACCUAGCCAGUUAAAAAUAGCUAACCUUGGUCUAUCAUUGGUAAAACUGUUGAAUGACUACCAGCUCCAAGUCAACCUGAGGGAAGGCUGCAAGAAGAUACUAGUCAAAGACAGUCAUGAUUUAAUGGAAAAACUACACAUUCUCCAUAAUAGAGCAACCUCCUUUGACAUGGGGGCUACUUGUUUUAACUGUUCUCGUGAAUUUUCUGUUGAUGAUGCAACGACAUUAAUGAUGUUUUUCUGUGGACAUAUGUAUCAUCAAAAUUGCGUGUCUCAUAAAAAUGACAUGGAUAUUUGUCACUUGUGUUAUCGCUCUUCCAAUAAAAACUUGAGACAACCGUUGCAUCCAUAAUAAAUGCUGUCAAUAAAUAAAUUAUUAUUAUUGUGAAUGAAUGAUUUUAUAAUAAUUAUAAUAAAAGUA